AUGUUGAAUAAUGGAAUUCCUAUUGGAACUUUUCUAGCAAAAGUUCAGUACGCAGAAUCACAAGGAAAGUUAGAACAUCUUGUUCAUGAUGAUCCAAUUCAACCAUUUCAUUUUGCCGUUUUAAAAGAUACAUUACAAUCAGAAAACGAAGAAGUAAUGGUCUAUCAAGUAUCCACAUUUCCUGAUAUGAGAAAGAUAUGCUUAACUUUUCAUGCAAUGCGCCGAUCAUUUAAACAAUUAUUCAAUGAAGAACCAGAUUACCUCGAAUCAAAUGGAUUACGCGCUGUUUUUAGAUUUAACAAUAUAUGGAAGAAGUUAUUAAUUAUUGUUACUAACUACAAAUUUCCAAAAUCGUUCUUAUUUGGAAUGAUAAACAGAAUGUCUGGUACGUUGUCCGCCCUUUUUGAAAAAACAUCAUACAAAUCAGCUCAAUUUGCUCGUUCUGCUUUGAUUUGCUUUUCAAAGAAUAUGAAUAAUGUAAAUGGAGUUCAAUCUGUCUUAGCAACCUUAUCUCAACCUCUACCACCAAGAGCACCACAACUAAGCGGUACCGAUAAGAGAGUUCUUGAGUCUGGACCUGGCCAACUAAUCCUUGCAGCUUGCGAAGACCCUGUUAUCUUUGGAUCAUGCUCUGUCUUUGUUUAUGGACGCUGCAUCUUUACCACAAUGAAUGAUCUUAAUCUCUGGAUUUCAGAAUUAAUUGUUGCAAAUCAACGCGAAACAACAGAAGAAUAUCUUACAAUUGAUGGAAGGCUUUUCUGUAUUGCACGCCAUAAUUACACAACAAUGGUCUCAAUUACAGCUCCAUCGCGCGGCCUUGAAAUAUGCUGCAAGAUGCAAGUCGUUUUAAUGAGACUUGAUUCCAAGAAUUUCAUCACAAAAUUCCAAGGAGCGUUUGCAAACAUUUUACCACCUUUCCAAGAAUUCGAUGCUCUUGUCACAAAAGGACCAUUCAAAGUUUCUCAGCCUCCAUUUGUUUGCGCACCGUUAUUUGUUCCUGUUUCAUUAACUUUGAGAGCAAAUGCAAUUGCUUCAUUGAUGUAUGAGUCAUGCUCAAACGGUACAAAUGGAGCUCUGAUAUCUUACAAAGUUGAUAAGAUGAAAUAUAGACUUAAGUUUGUCCAUAAAGCCGAUUCAAUGGUUUUCUGGAUUUACCACGUACCAAAAGGAAAGAGAGAUAAGAUAUUUGUUCAUGAUAAUGUUGUUUCUUUGCCGCAUUUCUUAUCUUCACUUAGUAACUAA